UUAAAUUAACCAUAACCUAUCAUCAUGCCAAUCAUUGGGGCGUCUUCUUUGACUUCAUCACUCUCCGUACCGCCGCCGGUUAGCCGGAGUAAGCCCAUUACCGCCGCCGCGGGAAACCUGAUGAGUUUUUCCAAUAUUCGUAAAACCAUUACCACCUCCCUCCCAGUAUUUCACAGCUACUAUGUUUCCGCUAUAAAAACCUUGGACCCAUUUGUUGCGGCGGAGAAAACCUCCCCCACCACCCAGCCGCCACCUUAUUACGGCGGCGGUGACGGUGAUGGGAAGGACGAAGAUGCCGAACGAUCUUUGGUCGCGGCGAAGCUUCGCGCGAUCAUGGAGAUCGUGGCGGACAGGGUGGAAAUGCACCAGAGCAUCUACGAGCAAAGGAACAACUGGAACACCCUCUUGUUGAACUCCGUCAACGGCAUCAUUCUAGCCGCAGGGUUAACGACCGCCGGCGGAAUCCCCUGCUGGGAUCACGCCGGCGAAGCGUUGCUGCCCAUUAAGUUGUCGUCCACUCUGCUUUACCUCUCUGCCACCGCGGUGCUGGCGGUGAUGAACAAGGUCCAGCCCUCCCAGCUCGCGGAGGAACAGAGGAAGGCCGUCAGGCUUUUCAAGAAUCUCCUUUUCCAGAUCGAGACGACUAGCCGUGGCAGUCAUGCCACGGCUAGCGACGUCCAUGAAAUGAUAGAGAGGGUGCUGGCCCUGGACAAGGCCUACCCUCUGCCCCUCCUAGGAGGGGCCAUGCUGGAGAAGUUCCCAGCCUCUAUUGCCCCGGCUGUCUGGUGGCCAGAAAACUCGGCACGCAGACAGCCGAGCCCAAUCGGAGGUGCGGACAACGGUUGGACCGGGGACCUGGAGGAAGAGCUGGAGGAGAUACUGAGGGUGGUGAGGGGAAGAGAUGGGAAAGAAUACCUAAGGCUAGGGGGAAAAGCCCUAAGGCUGAACAAACUCCUGGCCAUCGCGGGCCCCGCGCUGACAGCCACUGCCGCCGUCGCCUCAUCCCUUGCGGGACCCACCUCGUGCUGGGCGACGGCGGCAGGGGCGGCAGCAGGGGCGCUGGCGGUGGGGGUGAGCACGGUGCAGCACGGGGGACAGGUCGGGAUGGUGUUCGAGCUGUACCGCAGCACGGCGGGCUUCUUCAAGUUCUUGGAAGAGUGUGUGAUUGAGCCGAAUCUGAUGGAAUGUGAUUUGGAGAGAAGGGAGAACGGAGAAGUGGUGGAGAUGAAGGUGGCGUUGAUGCUGGGAAGAAGUGUCUCGGAGCUCAGAGAUGCGGCUGCUAAAUCAAGAUCGCUGCUGCACAUUGAUGAUGACGACUUUGCAUCCAAGCUUUUAUAAUUAAUUACUUUAUCCCUUCAUUUCUAUGAUUAAACUUCUUCAUUCAAGUAAUUAAUUUGUCAAUCUUAUAUAAUAUCAUCAAAAAUGCUACUCCGGUCUCCGUCCCAGAGUAUUUUUCCACUUUCAUUUUACACACCAUCCAAUACACUUUUUUUAAUCCAUUUUAUCUUGUAAUUUGUAUAUUAAAAAAUUAUAGAAGUUAUA